GCCUAAAGAAAAGCUGGCUGAAGCUAUGUGGGUCCCCCUAAGAUCUUCUCGCUAGGACCUCCAGGACAUUGCUGACUAUUUUGGAGACCCACCGGCGGGAAAGGAGUGGCAGCCACAGACUGGUCCCUGUUCUCCCUCCGGGGGGAAGGGAGGGAGGAAGCGUUUGUGGACUAUGGAUCCUCUGACUCGCCCGAUUGGGGAUAUAAUGCGGCGGAACCCUCAACAAGACUACGAGCUGGUCCAGAGAGUGGGGAGCGGCACAUAUGGAGACGUCUACAAGGCCAGAAACGUGCACACGGGAGAGCUGGCUGCAGUAAAAAUCAUCAAGUUAGAACCAGGAGAUGACUUUUCGUUGAUACAGCAAGAAAUCUACAUGGUUAAGGAAUGCAAACACUGUAACAUUGUGGCUUACUUCGGAAGCUAUCUCAGUCGGGAGAAGUUGUGGAUCUGCAUGGAGUACUGCGGAGGAGGAUCCCUGCAGGACAUUUAUCACGUCACUGGCCCACUGGCGGAGCUGCAGAUUGCCUACGUGUGCAGAGAGACUUUGCAGGGGCUUGCUUAUUUGCACAUGAAAGGGAAAAUGCAUAGGGACAUCAAGGGUGCAAAUAUUUUAUUAACAGACCACGGGGACAUUAAGUUGGCUGACUUCGGCGUAGCAGCAAAAAUUACCGCCACCAUCGCAAAGAGGAAAUCGUUCAUUGGCACUCCUUACUGGAUGGCACCGGAAGUGGCAGCUGUGGAGAAGAACGGUGGCUACAACCAGCUGUGCGACAUCUGGGCCGUGGGCAUAACGGCCAUUGAACUGGGGGAGCUGCAGCCACCCAUGUUCGACCUUCACCCCAUGAGGGCCCUCUUUCUCAUGUCCAAAAGCAACUUUCAACCGCCAAAGCUAAAGGAGAAGACAAAAUGGUAAGCAACCUUUCACCAUUUUGUCAAAGAAGCC